GUCGUGUUGCCCUCGCUUCUCAGAUCUCCGCCGGAAGUGUAGGUAAGAAACCACUCUCCUCUUUUCUUACCUAGACGGCCGGGCAGUUAGGAUCGUGUAUUGGAUGUGAAACCGAAGAUGCCCGCCAGCCUGGAAUAGAGAGGAAGAGAACAAUCAGAUUUGAAUCUAUCUGCUUUCAAGCUGGUCAUCGCGAUGAAACUUAGACACAAAAAUAAAAAGCCAGGUGAAGGUACCAGGGGCCACAGGAAGAUAAGUUGGCUCUGCCCUCAGACUGCAAAGCAAAAUGGGAAGAAAGCAACCUCCAAAGUGCCCUCUGUACCUCAUUUUGUGCAUCCCAAUGAUCAUGCCAAUCGAGAGACUGAAUUAAAGAAGAAGAGGGUUGAGGAGAUGAGGGAGAAGCAGCAAGCUGCCCGGGAACAUGAAAGACAAAAACGCAGGACCAUCGAGAGCUACUGUCAGGAUGUCCUAAGACGCCAGGAGGAGUUUGAGCGUAAGGAGGAAGUUUUGCAGGAAUUAAAUAUGUUUCCUCAGCUGGAUGACGAGGCCACAAGGAAGGCUUAUUACAAGGAGUUUCGUAAGGUGGUGGAAUACUCUGAUGUGAUUCUGGAAGUCCUGGAUGCCAGAGACCCAUUAGGCUGCCGCUGCUUCCAAAUGGAGGAGGCUGUCCUGCGAGCACAAGGCAACAAGAAGCUGGUCCUGGUCUUGAACAAGAUUGACCUGGUCCCCAAGGAGGUUGUGGAGAAAUGGCUGGAUUACCUUCGGAAUGAGUUGCCAACCGUGGCUUUCAAGGCCAGUACCCAGCAUCAGGUCAAAAACCUGAAUCGUUGCAGCGUACCAGUAGAUCAGGCCUCUGAGUCACUGCUGAAAAGCAAAGCUUGCUUUGGAGCUGAAAACCUCAUGAGGGUUCUGGGGAACUAUUGCCGCCUUGGUGAAGUGCGCACCCACAUUCGUGUGGGUGUUGUGGGUCUUCCCAAUGUUGGAAAGAGCAGCCUGAUCAAUAGCCUGAAGCGCAGCCGCGCAUGCAGCGUGGGAGCUGUUCCUGGAAUUACCAAAUUCAUGCAGGAGGUCUACCUGGACAAGUUCAUCCGCCUGCUGGAUGCUCCAGGCAUUGUCCCAGGGCCCAACUCAGAGGUGGGCACCAUCCUGCGUAACUGCGUCCACGUGCAGAAGCUGGCAGACCCUGUGACCCCAGUGGAGACCAUCCUGCAGCGCUGCAACCUGGAGGAGAUUUCCAACUAUUAUGGCGUCUCUGGGUUCCAGACUACUGAGCACUUUCUUACGGCAGUGGCCCACCGUUUGGGGAAGAAGAAGAAGGGAGGCUUAUACAGUCAGGAACAGGCGGCCAAAGCUGUCCUAGCUGACUGGGUGAGCGGGAAGAUUAGCUUCUAUAUACCACCACCACCCACUCACACUCUGCCCACCCAUCUCAGUGCUGAGAUUGUUAAGGAAAUGACCGAGGUCUUUGAUAUCGAGGAUACUGAGCAGGCCAAUGAAGACACCAUGGAAUGCUUGGCCGCUGGAGAAUCUGAUGAGCUGUUGGGUGACACGGACCCACUUGAAAUGGAGAUCAAGUUGCUCCAUUCUCCGAUGACGAAAAUAGCAGAUGCCAUUGAAAAUAAAACGACCGUGUAUAAGAUUGGGGAUCUCACUGGGUAUUGCACCAAUCCGAACCGUCAUCAGAUGGGGUGGGCUAAACGCAAUGUGGACCACUGCCCCAAGAGCAACAAUAUGGUGGAUGUCUGCUCAGUGGACCGCCGCCCAGUGCUGCAGAGGAUCAUGGAGACGGACCCGCUGCAACAGGGCCAGGCUCUGGCAUCUGCCCUGAAAAAUAAGAAGAAGAUGCAGAAACGUGCAGGUAAAAUCGCCAGCAAGCUGUCUGAUUCCAUGAUGUCUGCUCUCGACCUCUCUGGCAAUGCUGAUGAUGGUGUUGGUGACUAAUCGACUGAUCUCACUUCCCUUCCACUCCAAGCACCAGUUCCGGUGGUACGGGGGAAUACCAGUGAAAUAGUUUGGUUCUCCCUGAAGCAUCUGCAUACUGAAAGAACGCUUUCCCCACUAUGUGUCUUCUCCCUUUCCUCCAGUAAAAACAGUCCCGGCUA